UCCAAGGCCACAAGAGGAAAGAUUGAAACCAGAAGGACUUUGCACACCUGCGGGCGUCGCCGUCUUCUCUCAGCCUAGAAAACGCUCCGGAGUUACUUCGAGUCCUCCGGCGCAACCCACCAUAAGGGUGCUGGAUCAUCCACAUUUUAGAAUUUGUUUAUGAAAUUUCAUUUUACAUUUGAGGUCGCAGUAUCAGGUCAUGCUGCCAGCGCUACCUUUCGCCCUCAUGGGCUUUCACGUGGCUUUCUGGAAGUGCUUCAUUUCCUGGGAGGGCAGAGAGUACGGCCAACCUUUUCUCCAGCUCCACGGAGAGUGCCCGUGAUGAUUCUGGUUCGGAUACUCCUGCUGAAUCUCUGGCCUGUGUGUCACAUGGACUUCACACCAUUUGCUUCAUACCCCCAGCCUUGGCUGGGGGCUCAGCCUGCUACAGUUGUGACCCCUGGGGUUAACGUGACCUUGAGGUGCCGUGCACCCCAACUGGCCUGGCAGUUUGCACUCUUCAAGACUGGAGUCCUCACCCCACUGCUCCUCCAGAAUGUGUCCUCAGAGCUGGCUGAGUUCGUCCUGGAGCACGUCACGCCGGCCCAGGGGGGCAGUUACCACUGCUGCUACAGCAGGACAGAUUGGGGACAACGGGUCUGGUCCCAGCCCAGCGAUGCCCUGGAACUGUUGGUGACAGACCAGCUGCCCAGGCCGUCACUGGUGGCACUGACGGGGCCAGUGGUGGCUCCAGGAGCCAACGUGAGCCUGCGCUGUGCAGGCCGCUUGCCAGGCAUGAGCUUCGCUCUGUACCGCGUGGGCGUGGCCACCCCGCUGCAGUUCCGGGACUCUGAGCUGCCCUGGGCGGACUUCGUGCUGCUGGGUGCCCCUGGCUCCUACAGCUGCUACUACCACACGCCUUCGGCUCCCUAUGUGCUGUCAGGGCGCAGCAAGCCACUGGUCAUCAGCUUCGAAGAUUCUGGCUCCUUGGACUAUACCCAGGGGAACCUCAUUCGCUUGGGGCUGGCAGGCCUGGUCCUCAUCUCUCUUGGCGUAUUAGUUUCCUUUGACUGCCAUAGCAGGAGCUCUGCAUCUGGUGGCUUCCUGCCCCGGCGAGACUGGGUAUAGAUAGGAGGGGUGUGAAGAGUCUGCUAGGAGAAGAGAAGAGACACAGGGAGCCCUGGUGACCAGCCCCUCUGGAACCUCCAGUCCGCCAGGCUCAGCCGUCAACUAUUUGCACUGUGGUUUCCUUCUGGGUGCUCCCCCAGACCUCUCAGCAGAGUGGAUUUGCUGUCAGUAGUUAAUGCCUCCAAACUGGAAGACUUGGGUUCAAAGCCUAGUGGUAAAACUCACUAGAUCAUUCAGAAGGCAAAAAUCCCCAAGUCUGGUUUCCUGUUUGUAAAAUGGUGUAAUGUCACAUACUACGAUUGUCGUAGGGUUAAUACAGAAAAGGCGUUUAAAAGCA